GGGGGAGAGGCAAAAAGCAGCCGCGGGCCCGGAAAACCCCAGCGAAGGGGGAGCCUGGAAACUGCCGGCGGCAGCGGCGAAGGGGGCGCCUGGAAACCGCCCGCCCGGGGAAAGCCACGCUGCGGGCGGUUUGCAAGGCUUUGCGGGACUACAGCACCCCUCAUCCGCGGCCGGCGCCGGGAUCCCUGCAGCCGAGGGCCCGCCUGGGUCCCGCCAUGGCCGGCGCGCUUCCCGCGGGGCCCCGAGAGAGCCUCCCUUGCGCGGCGCCCAGCCCGCUGCCGCCCCCCUCGCCCUGCUGCAGCCCGGACCCCGCCGUGGCGCUCACCCCGGAGCGGAGCGGGGCGGCAGGAGGCGGCGGCGGCGGCGGCAUCCUGCGGCGGGAACAGCAGGAGAAGCCGGCCCCCAGACACGUCCGCUUUCGGAUUGCAGAGCAGAAGGAGGAGCCGCCGCCGCGGGUCGGCUUCCCCGGGGACCCCCAGGGGGUUUCCCGGGCGGCGAGGAAGGAGCCCCGCGGAGCCCCCGCCAGAAGCCGCUCCCCUCCCGCCCCCAACCAGCUGGGGGCUCCGCUGCCCCACAGCAGCCUGGCCCUGGGAGCGGAGGUGCGGGCCACGCGCGAGCAGGCGUUCGACGCCCGGCAGGCGGCCGAGCAACUGGUGCAGCGCUCCUUCGUGGCCCGGUGCGCCGCGGAAGCUCGCGUGGGCGAAGGGCUGAACAUCCCCCGGGAGCAGCAGCUCUACCGGGGCCUCAUCAGCCUGCAGGUGCCAGCCGAGGAAGUGCUCAGUUCCGCCCUGCAGGGCCGGCUCGCCCUCGUCCAGAACCAGCCCGAAAGGGAGAGAAAGGAGGCGGCUGGGGAAGGGCCCGACCUGAUGGCCUUUUAUAGGCCCCGGGAGCUGUUCACGGAGACCCCCUUCCUGGAGGUGGGGGGGCUGCCCCCGCUGAAGCUGCAGGCCCAGAGGCGCCACCCGGCCACCACCUUCCUCAUGUACCGGAAGCUGCAGCAGUGGGCCGGCUGAGGCCGGAGACCCUGCGGCUCUUUACGCACAAACACACACACACACACACUCACACCCAGCGGCCUUCUGUACAUAAACUCUUAACUGCCAGCGGAUUGUGUGGGGUUUUUUUUGCUUUCGCUGCCGGAAGGAAGGAUGAACACCCAAGGAGUACAAGGCAGUCCUUAACUUACGACCGCAAUCGAGCCCCGCGUUCCCGUUGCCAAAGCAGACAAUUGAGCCAGUUUUGCCCCAUUUAACAACCUUUUUAGCCACAGGCGGUCGGUCGUUCAGCGAGUCCGGAUUUCCCCAGGGACUUUGCUUGUCGGAAGGUUGCCAAAGGGGGGUCACACGACACACACCCCCCCCCCAAGAUGUUGCGCGACUGUUGUAACUGUGAGUCGGUGACCAGAGGGAUGCCGCAACAGUCCUUGUGUAAAAAGCUGUCGUGGGUCCUUUGAACGGUCACUAAAUGAACCGUUGUAACUGCAGGCAGGGGGGCAGGCUUGCUGUUCGGGCAGAGCCCCCGGCCAAGGCUGCCCUCCAGGAGCAGCAACUCCUCCCCCUCCCCCCCUCCAGAGAUGGGCACAGCAGCGGGUAAUAA